AGGCCGGUGAAGAGCCUGAAGCCCAGAGGGUUCUGCCCGCCUCGGUUGGCGGGAGAGUCGGCUCGCUGCCCGAGGCGGUUGGUCCCGGAGAGGAGAAAUGGCGUUCUCCUCCACAGCCCCCCGGGCGAGAAAGGUCAAGCGCAGGGCGCCUCGCGGCUUCCUCAAACGCGCCCUGAAGCUGCGGAAGCCUCACCUACGGCUGGAGACGAAUGGCGACUUACUGAUUCAUUUGAAUUGCUUACUAUUUGUUCAUCGGUUAGCAGAGGAGUCCAGGAUAAAUGCUUGUGAGAAUAAGUGUGGAGUAAUUAAAAAAGAACAUAUCCUGGCUGCAGCAAAGGUAAUUCUAAAGAAGAGCAGAGGUUAGAAGUCAAAGAACACAUUCUUGAAAACUGUGUAUUAUUUUAGAUGCUAACAGGAGUCAAACUAAUUUUUACAUAUCUACUUAGCAUUAUAGAUAUUUAACUAUUGGCUAGAUGAGUAUAUAUGUGUAUUUUAUUUUACUAAUAUUUAAAUGUCUCAAGUAAAUGCAUAAAUUCAAAGAUUUUGUACCAUUGUGAUUUCUUUCAGUAGUCUUGUCCAUUUCUAUUUUCCUUUUGUUAUUGCACAUAUUUUCUAUACGAUAUAUAUAUAUAAGCUUAAUUUUAGAUACCUACUCUUCCUUCACCAACUAGAUCUCACCUACCAUUUGCAAUUAUGACAAUAGGAACUAUAUCUUAAUAUUUUGUGAAUUAAUCAUGUAUAUUUCGCAGUGGUGAAUGCCAGAUUUGAAGUGCUAAUAACAGUUAUUAACACUGGCUGUGAUGGUUAAGAUUAUGUGUCAGCUUGACUGGG